AUGCACCCCAUCCAGAAACAACCAAGCAGGGCAGCAUGUCUCGCUUGUCGCGCGCGCAAGAUCCGAUGCGAUGGCCGCCACCCAUGUAGCAGAUGCUCUCAUAAAGGAUUGAGUUGUGUCUAUCGUCCAAGCCGUCGCGGCGGAUUCCGGCAUCGUGCAGAGUCAUCCACCCACCACAAUAUCGCUCCGCAUCAUUCGCCUCACGAUCCCAAUGUAUUUCCUUCGGUAGCUCAGCAGAGUCUACCAGCCCCUACACAGAGACCAUCUAUCUCUGGCGAGGUGGUUGGAGAUUAUGAUCUGUCGGAUAUAGCUCAUCUACUCAAUCCUUUUAGUGGGAUCCGAAAUCUAGAUCUGGGCUCGAUAGAUGGGUCGGGUGAGGUGCUGGUGCCAGAUGUUGAGGGUAAUGUGUAUGGGACUAUAGGUUCUGCUCAGUCUUCACAUUUGCGCGUAUAUGCGUCUGAGGAAGAGAUACUCGACUCUUACUACAUACAUAUUCACCCCUUCCUUCCGAUUCUCCAACCCCCUCUGUCGGACCAAAUCACUGAUCGACCAGUAGUGGUUGAGGUUCCGAGCAUUAGCACCGGAAGUAUUGAUAGAUCUUCACUGCCGCAUUGGCCUGCCUCGGCACUCACAUUGGCUAUCUCUGCUGUCCUGGUUUUGAUACCACUUUCUCAAGAUUCAGAUGCAUUUAGCGAUUCUAGUGUUCAGUCGAGACGUUCAUAUGCACAGAUGUAUGCAGAAGCAGCGUUCAGUGAAGUCGACAAAGAGAUGGAUCGUACAUGUCAAGUUUUACUUCCGAGACAAGCAAUGGCCUCCAUUAACCUUUCACAGCUGUCUCCUGUUCUAGCCCUUGUCCUGCUGAGCAUUUACGAGUACUGCCAGAGAGGAAAUGUAUCUCGAAUGCGGAGUCGCGCUAAUCAAGUUGUUACGGCCGCUAUGGAUCUUGGCUUGCAUUGUUUAGGUAUCACAGCAAUGGAGGCACCACGCCGCGCCUGGUGGAGUGCGAUGUUUGUGCUUUAUCUAUCAUCUGUUGACCAACAAGUAUCACCCAUCAUCACACUCGAUGAUCCCAGAAUAACAACACCCUAUCCUUCAUUUAACACCACAUUAGAGCCCUGGCCGCUGCUCCUACAGGCCGAAAAGACACUCAUUACUGUUUGGCAAAUUAUGGACAAUAACGAGGCCCAUCCAGCGAUGACCACAGUGUCAUCCAACAUGUCUGAGAAAAUCCAGCAAUUAGACUCACAUAUAGUCACUAUGAUGAGACAGUUGGAAGUCACGCCUUCCAUCGAACAAUUUCGGACAGGACCCGACGCACGUGCAGUACGGAAUAUGCUGCUGAUUGCCCGACUCUUGAUUCAUCUGUAUGGAUAUGACAUGAUAGACACUGCUGUCAACCUACUGACUGCUACUUCUAGAGCUCGCGUAAGACUUCAUCGAUACCGUGCAUUCAUGGACAUACCCUUGUUCCUGAACAAGCAUUGCAACAUAGCCGCCAUCCAGGACAAGGCAGAGCCAGCCCAACUACGUUCUCAACCGAGAUUCGAGUCUUUCUUUCCAUUUACUGAAGAACAGUCGUCGUCAAUAUGCCUCAAAUCAGCACUUGCUAUAUCACGCGCCUUCGAAGAUUUAGGCUCUCGCAGUUCUCGAUAUAAGCUAUCAGCAUCAUCUCAUAUACUGCCAUUUUUUGUCUGUGGCGCUAUGCAGAGCUCUUAUGUGUUGCUCAUGACGUACUACAGACUUCGUGCAGCGCUGAUCUCCGAUCAAGUGUCGACCUAUCGCCACCUUCUACAUCAGCCCGAAUCGGACACAGAAAUACAAGACACCGAGAGGUUGCUGCGCGAACUUCGACAGGGCGUUGAGUCAAUACUUGGUUCCAUGGAAUCGGCUAAAAUGUUCGAGGGAGUAAGCGGUAUAGGGCAGGAGAUACAGGCGGCAUAUCAUGCUGCCUUUUCGGCGAAUACUUGA